AUGAAGGUCUGCUCUGUUCUCAGGUGGGGCCAUAUUGCCCUUCUGCUUUGCCUUUUCGCUGCGGAAGGCAAAAGGUCUCCUGCGGGAAAGCACGGCUGCCGGAAAGGACUCCUCUCCCAGGUGACACAGAACCUGUAUGGCAAGGCAACUGGCUUGAAAUCAUCUGUUCCUAAGGACCUCAUCAAGAACACAAGGCUGCUUAAAAAGACCACAAAGGUGCUGUUUAUGACAAACUGCAGUGUUCGAGAUCAGCUCCUCUCCUUCUAUGUGAAGUAUGUUUUCAGUCACCUAGGAGCAAGAAGUGACAAGCUGUAUGUUAUUACUGCCUUCCAGGUCCUGCAGGCCAACAUGAGUGCUUGUCAUCCAUGUGCUCCUUCAACAAGGUUAUCUUCUGCAGUCAAAAAUGUAAAGAAAACCUUUCUUAAGCUCGGAGAGAAAGGAAUCCACAAGGCCAUCCAUGAGCUGGACAUUCUCCUUCCCUGGAUUCAGGCCUACAUACAAACUAUUGUGUGA